AUGGCCAAAGCAGGGAACACUUCUCACGAAUCCUAUAGCAAUGCAACGAUGGCACAAAGGGGACACCCUAUUGUGGAAAAGGAGAAUGCAACAUCUUUGGCUGCAACUGCGACGGUGGUUGCCGUUGAACAGGAACAAACUGGUCUCCCGGACCUCGUUCGCUGA